AUGCAGGAAGCAGGACCUGGUGGACUAGGAGGAGGUGGAAUAUGGGGUGCAGCAACUGAUGAGAACAGAAUCUAUACCAACAUUGGAAAUUCAGAAGGAAAAACUUUCCAACUUUUACCAUCAAAUGUGAAUACAACAGCUGGAGCAUGGGUGGCAAUGGAUGCUAGAAAUGGAAAAAUUCUUUGGUCCACUGCAAACCCUAGCAAUGGUCGUCCUAUUGGCCCUGUUAGUGUGGCAAAUGAUGUUCUUUUUGGUGGAUCUACAGAUAAUUUGGGACAUAUAUAUGCAAUGAAUGCAAGAAAUGGUAAAAUUAUAUGGUCUUUUGAAACUGGAGGUAGUGUUUAUGGUGGCAUGUCAAUUAGCAAUGGAUGUAUUUAUGUUGGUAGUGGAUAUAAUGUCUCUUUAGGAGUUGUUUUUAACUAUACAGGUGGAACGACACUGUUUGCAUUCUGUGUCUAA